CCUAACGUCUCUGGAGCUCCAUCACAAGAAAAAAAAAAUGGGGAAAUGGUGGCGUGGCCUGAGAUCCGCCGCAACGGCGGUGGAGAUUGAUCCGCCGGCGUCUCUUUUCCGUCGAUCCUUCUCCUCCUUUGAUCGUUACCACACAAUCCAAGCUAUUCCACGCGAGGUGACGGGUCGAGGAGUCGCGACCCGGGAGCGGAUGCUUGGUCGGAUUCCCGCCGUCGUCUUCUCGCAGUCGCUUCUCGAGACCGAGGCUUCGAAACGCUGCGGUUCGAGGAAGCAGCUCUUGACUGCGGACCAGAAGCAGAUCAAGUCUCUCCUUAAAUCCAUCGGUCUUCCAUACUUCUGCUCCACCACAUUUCAGCUCCAGGUCCGAGCCGGACCCGGGUCAUCUUUGCUUCUCGAAUCGGGUCGAGUACUCCCCCUAAAGAUUCAUAGGGAUGAAAAGACGGGGGAGAUACUCAAUUUAGUGUUCGUACGGGCUGAAGACGGGGAACAGUUGAAGGUUGAUAUUCCUGUUGCGUUCAAAGGAUUGGAAAACUGCCCCGGUCUCAAAAAAGGGGGACAUCUACGUACAGUAAGAAGUAGCCUGAAAUUCCUAUGCCCAGCAGAGCAAAUUCCUUCAAAAAUAGAGGUGGACGUGAGCAAUCUUGACAUCGAGGACAAGGUGUUAUUGCGAGAUAUCAAAGUUCACCCCUCACUGAAGCUUCUAAGUGCGGCGGAGAGCCUUCCUAUUUGUAAGAUUGUCGCCUCAAACCCACCUGCUGAGCCAGAAGCUGUUCUUGCAUCAUAAUAAGUUAAAGCUAAUGUCUUUUGGGAUUUGGGGGUUUCCAUUGCAAAAAAGGUGUCUCCUUUUCCAAACUUAAUCAGUUUCAAGAAUAACCUUCUUGUAUACACAACCGAGAGAACCCUUGAGGUUGUCCUUUUUUUUUUAUCGUUUUGGACCAUCGGUCGGAAUCAGUAUGAAAUGUAGCUUAAGGGUAUGGUCACAAUUCGUUUGCAUUACAGUUGUGCAUUUGUUUGGUUUA